UGUCACUGUAUAUACAACGGUCUGUGUCUAUGGAUGUCUUCGCAGUGACUGUCCAGCUGCGGCGCGGUGUGGAGAGGAGACAGGGGCGCAUGCGAGUGGAAAACAAACAAACCUUACCGUAUCCAUCCGUGGGACUUUAUGAACUGAGAUAGCUUUACUAAAACAGCAGCUGAAUGCGAAGACUGGUGCGAAGGAUAGAGAAAUAUGGAGCCACGGCGCUAUUCGCUAUCCGUACGAGGACCUAUGUUUUUCCUCUUGUUAACUUCGCUGUUGGAGCAUGGGAACGCCGGGAUCCCCGUGCUAUACCCCAUGAAUGCUCUGUGUAAGUUCUGUGAUCUGGAGCUUUCGUCCUGCACUGGCACCGGGACAUGUAUGACCAACUGCUCCAUCACCUCCAUCUGUUCAUUCAACGCGGAGGUCUGCGUCUCCAUUUGGAGGAAGAAUGAGACCAGUUACUCCAUUGAGACGCUGUGCCACGACCCCUCCAAGCCUCUGUACGGAGUGAUGUUGGAUGACUACAACAGCUCCACGUGUGUAAUGAAGGAGAAGAACACCACCAGUGGGCCAGCAUUUCUCUGCUCCUGCACUGAGGAAGAGGAGGGGGAAUGCAAUGACAAGCUCUUUUUCCCACCCAUUGGUGACCCUACAGACGACAUCCCGGAUAACCAAUUUUUGUCUGUGAUUCUGGUGAGCCUGCUGCCUCUGCUGCUGGUGGCACUGGUGGUAUUGGGCAUGUUCUACUGGUACAGAGUGUCCCGGCAGCGCCUGAGCCCAGAGUGGGACAGUGGGGUGAAGAAGAGGAAGGUGAUGGACUGCAGUGAGAGCUGUGCAAUCAUGAUGGACAACGGGUCAGACAGCAGCUCAACACACGCCAACAACCUCAACCAUAAUACAGAGCCCCUGCCCAUAGAGCUGGACUUGUUGGUGGGUAAGGGCCGCUUUGCUCAGGUCUACAAAGCCAAACUGAAGCAGAGCACAUCGGAUCAAUUUGAGACGGUCGCGGUCAAGAUCUUUCCAUAUGAAGAAUAUGCCUCCUGGAAAACUGAGAAGGAUAUAUUCUCCGACACUGACCUCAGACAUGAAAAUGUGCUGCACUUUCUCACCGCAGAGGAGAGGAAGGUCGAGCGACAGUACUGGCUCAUCACAGCCUUUCACCCCAGAGGGAAUCUACAGGAGUAUCUAACACGUCAUGUGAUCAGCUAUGAGGACCUGCAGGUGCUGAGCAGCUCUUUGGCCCGAGGAGUGGCUCACCUCCACAGUGACCACCUGCCCUGUGGACGGCCAAAGGUGCCCAUUGUGCACAGGGACCUAAAGAGCUCCAACAUCUUGGUGAAGAACGAUCUGUCGUGUUGUCUGUGUGACUUCGGUCUGGCUCUGAGGCUGGACAGCUGUUUGUCAGUGGACGACCUCGCCAACAGUGGGCAGGUGGGCACAGCGCGGUACAUGGCCCCUGAAGUUCUGGAGGCACGUCUCAACCUGGAGAACAUGGAGUCCUUUAAACAGACGGAUAUUUACUCCAUGGCUCUGGUCCUGUGGGAGAUGACGUCCCGCUGUGAGGCCGUAGGAGAGGUGAAGGAGUAUGAGCCCGCGUACGGCUCUAAGGUCCGGGAGCACCCUUGUGUGGAGAGCAUGAAGGACAAUGUACUGAGGGACAGAGGACGGCCAGAGAUACCAGACUCAUGGCUCCGGCACCAGGGCGUCGCUGUGAUCUGUACCACCAUAAAGGAGUGUUGGGACCACGACCCAGAAGCCCGCCUCACCGCUCACUGUGUGGCCGAGCGCAUCUACGAGCUGGAGGACCAAGUGGACAAGAUCUCCUCACGCAGCUCAUCCAACGAAAAGAUCCCUGAACAGGAGCUCAAACUGCCCAUAGAAGUGGACAUCCCAGGAGAGACCAAGAUCAUUGAGCUACAGGACAUCAUCGCUGUGGACUGCUCGGUCUCUGAUGAGAAGCAAUAAGUCCCAGUGACAAAAAAGACACAGCAAAAAGAGCACUACAUGAGUUAAAUUGACUUUAAUUCAAAAUCUAGAUUUUGAGAUAGUUUGGAGUAGUUGAAGUAUAAAGGUGCAAUAUGUAACUUUCCUGGAGGAGGAUACAAGUGAGCAAUGUGGAGCAACAAAAACACCUGUAAUUUAAUAAAUGUAACAUGCUUAACUUUAUUAAUGCCAUUCUCUGGAAAAUUCUAGACAAUGCAAUGUGAGCUCCAUGGAGACAAGCUGGUGGCGGACACUCCGCCAGAAAAGUUACACAAUGCACCUUUAUGAGGUUAAGACUAAACAAAAUGUUUUUUUUUUUUUUGUUAAUUUUUUUCCAAAAACAGUGCAGUGCAGUAAGAUAUUUCUCAUAUUUCUGGUGCAACUGUGUUACACCACUGACAGAUGAAUUUAGAUUUUAGCUUGAUCUGAAUAAAUAUACAUACUAGACCAAACUACUUGAAGUCGAUUUAACAAAUGUAGGUAGCACCUUUAUGCAGUGUGGACAUUUAUGGUUGGACUUGUGGUGAGAAGGAGUUGAUCUCCUGGACAAUGAAUGAGCCACCAUAUGCUAAUAUGUUUUUGAGACUGCUUUAUUCGGCAGGCACAAACUCAAUGAGCUAACAAGCCAAAGAAAACUGGAAACUUCCAAAGUGUUUGAAAUAGGUCAAUACUAAAGCUAUCAUGUGUUUUGCUUCAUUUGUUUCUUAAACUAUUUUACUGGUAUUAAUUUAAAAGUGAAGUAAAUACAUAUCAAGAUUA